AUGCGCUUCUUUCGUAACAAGAAGGGUGUCGGCAAGCGCAUUUCAGCAAAGAGCUCUGUCGUGUCAAAUCCGGCCGAACCGAUCACUGCGGAUGCAGGAGGUGUACGAGGACCAACUCGACGACCGACCGAGCUCUGCUAUGCUGUCACUCCGACCUGUGACAAGCCACGUCGGUCGCUGGCAAGGUCCGAGAUGUGGUGCUUGCGCUACUUCUUAGUCCUCAUCGUGUUCCUACCCUUUCCGAGCACACCGCCGCUGUUCCUCCUGCUCAUCAUCGCAACACUGGCAUUGCAUUAUCGACCAUGCUUCUAUUGCACGCUCUUGAUGCUAGGACUCAUGGCGUCAUCAUGUCACUGGCAUCUCGGCCUCGAACCGCAUCAACAGCAAUACAUGAGCUCACAAGACACGGCAGCGACCAAUCAGACCGUCAGGGUGCUACGUACCGCACCUUCGGCUCCUGUUCUCAACCCGCACAGUCUCUCGACAUCGAACGCGACGAAUGCCACGCAAGAGGCCACUGACGACAGACGGUGCUGGUUCAACCUCAAUGGUGGCCAUCUGCUCGCCAUGCCACAAGAAUCACCUGUGGCGCACGUCGAGAAACCCAAGGAGAUCAGCUCGCUUGCAAGCUGGAUGGUGAACCAUAGUUUUGCCGCACCUGCAAGGAUACGCAUGCCCGACUACCUCGACCUCGGCCCCGGUUUGAGGCUAUGGCUCAGAGCACCUGCAGAGUCCUCAUGAUAGCCGCGACGCAGAGAUGUAAAGUCGGAAUGUGUUCUUUACAUGUUGACAACAACAUCAUAUCAAUCUAUUGUUUGCCACAGACUUGCGAGGUGCUUCUUCGUCCUGCCUAUACAUUCUUGUAGGAAAGCGUGAGGCCGGUCAGCCUGGAGGACGCCAUGACCGCUUUGCAGGACAUAACGAAUCAUGCCCGAUCUCGAUAGGGCGACAGUGGCUAAACUCCUCGAUUGAGCGCUCUCGUGAUCCGUCGGAUCGCUCAGAACCGUCUGGCCAAAGAGAGCGAACGAGCAUGUCAGGACAGGCUCACUCAGUUUGAGCGGCUCUCUAGGUAAGGAAGCCG